CAGAAAUGAGCUACCCUCUCUGCUGAUAGCAAGAGACAUUUAGACAACCAGCAGCAGAGAGAGACUACCCGCUCUAGGGCCUCCUCUCUGCUGAGAGCCUCAGAGACCUGCAGAGACAUGCAGACUACCAGCUGCAGAGAGGAGCAACCCACUCCAAAACCCCCUCUCUGCUGAGAGCUGCAGAGAUGACAGGAUGACCUACCUGAAGAGAGGAGCUUCCCAACCCAGGGUGUCUUCUCUGCCAGGAGCUGAACACUGAUCAGGACACCCUGACUGUGGAAAGUAGCUACCCUUUGUGGGUCUCCUGUGAGCUGUUCUAUUGCUCAAUAAUGCUCCUCUUCAUCUUGCUUUCCCUCCACCUGUCUGCAUACCUCAUUCUUCCUGGUCGAAGGACAAGAACUCAGGACCCACUGAAUGGCAGAGGUUUUGCAGAGGAGACAAAGAGCAAUUCUUAACAUCUGCCCAAGUGGAUCUCCCAGAAAGAAAGGCCAGGAGCUUGUCUGGAAAGAAAUUCUUACUUUUCUCAGCCAGACAUGGAGGCAUGUGCCUGUAGUCCCAGCUACUUGGGAGGCUGAGAUAGAAGGAUCACUUGAGCCCAGGAGGUGGAGAUUGCAGUGAGCCAAGAUCACACCACUACACUCCAGCCUGGGUAAUAAAAUGAGACUCUGUCAAAAAAAAGAAAAAGAAAAAAGAAAAGAAAAAAAAAGAAAUUCUUACUUUUCUGCUGACUUACAAGUGCUUGGGCUCCCUUCACUGAGGCUUCUGAAAGAACAGAGUGGCUUUGGUAUCCUGCUCAUAGGGACAGAACUGCUGAGGCCAAAAAAAAUGUUUGUCCUUUCUCCUCUGAAGGUUUGUUAACAAAAAAAAAAUCACCCACAAAGGAGAUUAAUGGGAGAAAUAGCGUACAUAUUCAUUCAUAUGUUCAUGGAGGAGAAAUACAGAGGGAUUCCCCCUUCUUGAGAAACAGCAAGUCUCAAAGAAAGAGACUUUCUUUCAGUCCCUUUUAUCCAGGAGUAAGAACAACUAGCUGAACAAAACUGACAGCUGUCAAUCAAGUGGGAAGUCCAAAACUCAUGAGAGACCCACCCAGUUUUCAAUCAUCAUGAAGGAGCCAGGGGCUCAAUGGCCCCUGCUGGUACCAAGUUGCCAGGUCCCUGCAGUGUUCCAGACAAAGACAGUGAUGGUAAAAAGGGAAAAGUGGAGGUAGAAUGCAAGUGCAGCAGCAGGAAGAUAUGAGACUCUCCGUUUUAGGGUCUUCAAGUUUUUCAGAUUUUCUGAGACAUGGGUUAAGUCUUCAGGUUAGUCUCCUAUUAAAACACAGCCAAAGUCCCAAUUGUGUUUGAAACUUUCAAAAAUGCAGAUUGAAAGAAAGCCUCUUACUGUCUUUGAGAAGUCCAGACUCCUCUUAUCCUCAUUGCAUGCUUCAGAGUUCAAUUUAGGUGUAUCUCUCACGUCCAUUUCUGUCGAGCCUUUACCUUUAAAUUUUAAACUUGAAAAACUGCCAGAGUACCUGAUAGUGAUUGAUCAGAGACAGAGCCACCGAAUUACCCGAUGGCAGGCCUUAGAGACCAUGGCCUUAGGACCUAGGUUAUACAUAGCCCUCACCUUAGGAAGAGGUCCCUUCAAGGGCAAAUAAAAUGCAAUAGUCCUUGCAACACUGAAGCAUGGAGUAUCCUGUGAGGCAUGAACUUGCUUGAUGCAGCAUGAAUGCACCCCAGGAAACAUGGGCAUGCCCCUCCAAGUGCAAGCAUACCCCACAAGUAGGUAGCCAUAGAGCCAGAAGGGCAGGUUCCCUGAAAAAAAUAAAGACCUCAAGACCUCAUCCUAAAUGGGAGAUCUUGGAUGUAAGAGGAUUUACUGAUUUUUCCACAAAACAGCCAGGCCAGGAAGAUAACUGAGCUUAGAGGACUCUUGCUGGUGCCAGUGCAUUGAUUAGUCCAGAUGGCACAAGGGAGAGGAUCUUGAGAGCCAAUUUUGAUCCCUUCCUCAUCACCAAGAAAUAUGAGUAAAGAUUGUGGGAUCUGUGGAGGACAGAGGGAGAGCUUCAUUUUCUAUAAAACACAGUCUGAAGAUUGAGGAGAUGCAGCCUCGGAGGUGGAGAGCUAUAAAGUCAAAAACCACAGAGCAGGAUAGAGGAGUCAGAGGAGUGAAGAAAAGAGUCUUGAUUGGACAGCCUUUAAGCCCCAAGUCACAUGUCUCUUAAUUGGCUGUUCCUAGGUGGUCAGUUAGUUCUUACCACAUGAUCUGUUGGUGAGCAGUUGGAAAAUUCCCAGGUACAGAUUUUUUCAGAAAAUGUUAUUUGACUUGGCUACAGAAAAAUAGGUUUUGCAACACUUACUAAGAACACAGAGAACAUGACCAUCACCUAAACCUGCCAUGGCCUCUUGGGUUUGUUUUUGCUUUUGAGGCACAGGGAGUCCUUCUUGUCUGUUUACCUGGAGGCAUGAUUUGGCAACCUAGAUAACAAACAGAGAUAGGCUUUCUAAAAAGAAUUAUUUUUAUUUGGGAAUAAAGCAUUGCAAUGGGAAUAUGCGUCCCAGGGUAAACUAUGUGCUUAUUCAGGUAGGUAAAGUAAGACAAAGUUUAAAAAAAUAAUGAGAAGGAUUACAUAUUUGUUUUGGAAUGAUUAUCCUUGGCUAUAAAGAUCAAUAACAAGACUGACAUCAGUUUGAGGUUGGACAGGCAGUUGCUGGGCAGAUGUUCUUGCAGAAGUAUUUUUCUUUAAGUUUCUGAGAAUCUAUAACCUUUGGGCUUACCAAUAGCAGUGACUGAUUUGUUUACUGAUUGUUCACAGAAUAGGAAAUCAAAGGAGGCCAAAAUAAGGACAGCCAUAAUUAUUUGCCAAUUGUCAAUUUGAAAAGGGUACCCAAAUCCCUCCAUAUGAGGAGUAGCAUAAGUGGCUUUACUACUGGCUGCCGCUGUAGACCCACCUCCUUCUCCAGCACAUAUAUAUCACUGUUAACAUUAACUAAAUCACCUCUGGGCAGAGAAACAAAGCUCUAUAUGCACAGCCCAGCAAAGAGCAGCACACAGCUGAAAGAAAAACUCAGAAGACAGAGCUGAAAAAGAAAACUGGUGAUGGAUCUCAUUCUAAACUUUGCCAUGGAAACAUGGGUUCUCGUGGCUACCAGCCUGGUACUCCUCUAUAUUUAUGGGACCCAUUCACAUAAACUUUUUAAGAAGCUGGGAAUUCCUGGGCCAACCGCUCUGCCUUUUCUGGGAACUAUUUUGUUCUACCUUAGGGGUCUUUGGAAUUUUGACAGAGAAUGUAAUGAAAAAUACGGAGAAAUGUGGGGGCUGUAUGAGAGGCAACAGCCCAUGUUGGUCAUCAUGGAUCCCAACAUGAUCAAAACAGUGCUAGUGAAAGAAUGUUACUCUGUCUUCACAAACCGGAUGCCUUUAGGUCCAAUGGGAUUUCUGAAAAGUGCCUUAAGUUUUGCUGAAGAUGAAGAAUGGAAGAGAAUACGAACAUUGCUAUCUCCAGCUUUCACCAGUGUAAAAUUCAAGGAAAUGGUCCCCGUCAUUUCCCAGUGUGGAGAUAUGUUGGUGAGAAGCCUGAGGCAGGAAGCAGAGAACAGCAAGUCCAUCAACUUGAAAGAUUUCUUUGGGGCCUACACCAUGGAUGUAAUCACUGGCACAUUAUUUGGAGUGAACUUGGAUUCUCUCAACAACCCACAAGAUCCCUUUCUGAAAAAUAUGAAGAAGCUUUUAAAAUUGGAUUUUUUGGAUCCCUUUUUACUCUUAAUAUCACUCUUUCCAUUUCUUACCCCAGUUUUUGAAGCCCUAAAUAUCGGUUUGUUUCCAAAAGAUGUUACCCAUUUUUUAAAAAAUUCCAUUGAAAGGAUGAAAGAAAGUCGCCUCAAAGAUAAACAAAAGCAUCGAGUAGAUUUCUUUCAACAGAUGAUCGACUCCCAGAAUUCCAAAGAAACAAAGUCCCGUAAAGCUCUGUCUGAUCUAGAGCUUGUGGCCCAGUCAAUUAUCAUCAUUUUUGCUGCCUAUGACACAACUAGCACCACUCUCCCCUUCAUUAUGUAUGAACUGGCCACUCACCCUGAUGUCCAGCAGAAACUGCAGGAGAUUGACGCAGUUUUACCCAAUAAGGCACCUGUCACCUACGAUGCCCUGGUACAGAUGGAGUACCUUGACAUGGUGAUGAAUGAAACGCUCAGAUUAUUCCCAGUUGUUAGAGUUACGAGAGUCUGCAAGAAAGAUAUUGAAAUCAAAGGAGUGUUCAUUCCCAAAGGGUUAGCAGUGAUGGUUCCAAUCUAUGCUCUUCACCAUGACCCAAAGUACUGGACAGAGCCUGAGAAGUUCUGCCCUGAAAGGUUCAGUAAGAAGAACAAGGACAGCAUAGAUCUUUACAGAUACAUACCUUUUGGAGCUGGACCCCAAAACUGCAUUGGCAUGAGGUUUGCUCUCACAAACAUAAAACUUGCUGUCAUUAGAGCACUGCAGAACUUCUCCUUCAAACCUUGUAAAGAGACUCAGAUCCCACUGAAAUUAGACAAUCUACCAAUUCUUCAACCAGAAAAACCUAUUGUUCUAAAAGUGCACUUAAGAGAUGGGAUUACAAGCGGACCCUGACUUUCCCUAAGGACUUCCACUUUGUUCAAGAAAGCUGUAUCCCAGAACACUAGACACUUCAAAUUGUUUUGUGAAUAAAACUCAGAAAUGAAGAUGAGCUUAAUUAACCUAGUGUACUGGGUGAAUAAUUAGAAAUUCUCUACAUUCAUUGAGCUCUCAUUGUCUGGGUAGAGUAUUACACGUUGCAUACUACGAAGCAGGUGACAAAUCAAUGCCAAAUAAGUACAGUCAUCUUCUCUAGUUCUCAUAAGACUAUCUCCCCGCCACCUAUAGUUAGUACCCUCAAGUCCUCCUGAGCUGUGAUCAGAGAAUAAACAUUUCUCAACAAUUUUACCAACAAUUUUUAAUGAAAAGGAAAAUUAUACUUGUGAUUCUCAUAGUGACAUUUAUAUUACAUGUUCCAUUUGUGAUAUUCUAUAAUAAGUAUUAUAUUGAGAAAGUCAAUAAACACCUCUUUACAAAACUGUUAUCUGAUGUCUUCCUGCAUAUUAAGGAUGAAUCUACAGAAUUAGAUCAAUAAGGAUCAACAAAUAAAUAUUUUUGGUCAUUAUAAUUGCUGGUUCUGUGGGGUCUUCUACAGGACUCUAACUUGAUUAUUAAUCUAGGUGUGAGUUAAACCACUGUGACUUUGCCCAUUUUUUAGAAAACAUAUUCGUAGUUUCAUUGGGCCUCUUUUGAAGCGCAUAUUUUGGUAACAUUCAACUUAGGAACUUAUUUUUACAUUAUUAGUUUUGAUUUAAUGUUAUAUCUCAUCUCACCUGAUAGUGCUGGAAGGCAGGGAACAUGUUUUCCUGUACUUGUUCUAUUUCACCUUUAACUCCCAAAUGUUUUAACAUAAUGAACACCGAAUAAAAUGUGGUUUAUUAGUCACUGAUUGGGCAACAAAGCUAAAGGCAUUCAUCAGUUUCAGCUGGUAUCAGAGGCUGCACAGAGUUCUUCCUUUUCCUUUUCUGCUUCAUCCCAAAGAAAUGGGGCUAUAUAUUCCCAAAUUUUCAAAAUAAUGUUGAUAUUUUGACCUCCUCCCAUGGCUCAUAAAUGCUCUCAAUGGCAUCUAGAGUAGUAAAUCCUUUCCAGAAGGCUUUCAAUUGACUUUGCCCAGAUCCAUCAGAGGAAUUACUAUCUAUGGUGGCUGUAGCCUUAUGAAAUGUAUUUCUUAAAUAAUAAGACUUGAAAGUUAAAAUUACUCUUUUAUCCACAGCUGCAGAAUGGAUGUUUUGUUAGUAGGCAUUAAAGCAACAAUAAUCUUUUUGUCAUCUUCAUCGGAGCUCUUGAGUGACUAAAUGUAUUAUCAAUGAGCAGUGACAUUUUGUUUUGUUUGUUUCUCUUUUAUUUUAUUUUAGGUUUCAGGAUACAUGUGCAGAACAUGCAGGUUUGUUACAUAGGUAAAGGGGUGCCAUGGUUUGCUGCACCUAUCAACCUACCACCUAGGUAUUAAGCCCCACAUGCAUUAGCUAUUGGUCCUGAUGCUCUGCCUCCCCCACCCGCUCCCAACAGGCGCCAGUGUGUGUUGUUCCGUGUGUCCAUGUGUUCUCAUUGUUCAACUCCCACUAAUGAGUGAGAACUUGUGGUGUUUGGUUUUCUGUUCCUGUGUGUGUUUGCUGAGGAGGAUGGCUUCCAGCUUCAUCCAUGUCGCUGCAAAGGACAUGAUCUCAUUCCUUUUUAUGGCUGCAUAGUAUUCCAUUGUGUAUAUGUACCACAUUUUCUUUAUUCAGUCUAUCAUCGACGGGCAUUUGGGCUGAUUCCAAAUCUUUGCUAUUGUGAAUAGUGCUGCAAUAAACUGGCUAAGUCUACCUGAAGUCAAUUGUUGUCUAAUUUUAUCUGUGUUGUAGACAUUUUUAAAAUCAUCUCAAGAGGCUAGACCAGCACUAUUUGCUUGGGAGUUGUGCUUAUGUAAAGAAAUGUGACUAGUAACAGAUAUAAGGUUUAAAAAGAAAAAAAGUGAAAUUAAUAGUAAUAUGAUAACUCUAGUUUGCAUAAUGCUUAUGAGCCACGAACCUAGGUUUAAAGGCAAGUAAUUAAAUAAACCAAAUGACCAUAAGGAAUUAGUUGAGACAGGUUGUAACCAUGUGGCCAGUUUUUCUUAUUUUGUGCAUAUGGGUCUCCACUUUUCCAGAGUGAGGACUAAGCCCUGAUUUUUUUCAUCUUGCCCAAAUUCCUAUCCACAGGGUCUAGGGAGUCAUGCCUUACAAACCAUAAAUUCUCAUCAGAUGGGUUUUAUUUAACCCUAUAUAUCGUGACUUACUUUCCAAUCUGACUCUGGCAUAACAUUACGUGACAAAGAAGAAACUCAAAAUAUUUUACCCCAAAACAUGUUUCUUUGCCGUAUCUUGAAAUGGUCCUGCAAAGCUGUCCUUUGUGGGGGGAAAAUUUGCAUCUGUAAAGAAUCUCUUUUCAUCAUGUAGCUAGAUCUUUUUCUUCCAGGCCCCCCCAAUCCUGAAGAGAUGAAGUAAGAGUCUAACACCUUUUAAAGGUCUGAAUGGGAAAUAUUUGUCAUCUAUUGUCUCUAAGGGCAGUCACUGUAAGACUUCAAAAGAACCCUGAUCUCCACAACCUGUUUUUUUUUUUAAUCUUAACCUGAACAUUUCCUUUCUAUUGAUCCCAGGUCUUUGGACAAACUCAACCAAUUGUCAGUCAGAAAAUAUUUAAAUUUACUUAUAGCCUGGAAGCACACACACCCCCAACAAGCCACUUUGAGUUGUCCCACCUUUCUGAACCAAACUAAUGUAUUUCUGAAAUGUAUUUGAUUGAUGUCUCAUGCCUCUCUAAAAUGUAUAAAACCAAGAUGCACCCCUACUACCUUGGGCGUAUGUUCUCAAGACCUCCUGAGGGCUGUGUCACAGGACAUGCUCACUAAUAUUUGACUCAGAAUAAAUCUCUUCAAAUAUUUUACAGAGUUUGACUCUUUUCAUCAACAAGAGGAAAUUACCCUAAUAUAGCAUGUAGUAUUAGCAAUAAUGUUACUGGAAAGGGGUCCCAAUCC